ACUCCGUUGUCUGGAUGGCCUACCUGAUGGAGUACUGAUGGGUCGAUCCACUCUACCAGCCACCUCCCUUUACCCUUGCUCAGUAUCCUUACACUACUCUACUACCAUGGAUAAAUGGUGAAGGCCGGCAAGCCUGUCUCGCCUCGUAGGCCAUUCCAUUUCUUCGUUUGCUUCCUCUCUUUCUCUCGUCUCCCAAGUCAUAACUCACAUUCCAUUCCUUCCACUUUCUCCUCACUGGCCAGGCCCUUCCUCAUUUCCUCCGCCCAACGCAUCAAGACACAAAACGGUUGUUUCAGCCAAAGUAAGCUCAGCGACCUUAGGCUUGUGGCUGCCCACUGCCCUUGAGUCACGGGCAUCGAACAAUGGCACUCCCGCAAUCCAACUUGUAUUCCGACCCGGAAGAAAACGGAUUCCGCCUCACAACGCGCCAGUCGAGAGAAAACGGAAAGGGCGUCGGUCGCUACCGGCGGGAUCGCUCCUCACCGUCACACAACGGCCGCGACCGCGACCGCGACGACGAGCCUCAGAGCCCCAACUCAAACUCGGACUUUGUCAUCCAAGACGCCGUCGUGGCAAAAGCCCUCCACAGCCACCGCCAGCAGCAGCAACAGCAGCAGCAGCAGCAGCGAUCAGUAGCGACGAAUUCACAGGCCCAAGCCGCAGCCUACCCGAGCCCGCCCUUUCACGACGAAUUCGACGACUCGGCCAACGGGAGGUCGGCCGGAGCAGCACCUGCCAGACGUCGCGUAGCACGACAUUCCCGUCGGGCGUCGGGAUCCAUCGACCCGACCAUCAUCGCUCCGCCCGAACCGGGUCCUCCCCCCCCUCCGAGCAAGACCACCACCUCCUCGCCGCCUCGGGGCCCGCCGACGUCCUACCACGACGCGACGUCAGGGCAGGACAUGUCGUCGUGGGCACGAGUCCCUUCGACGCGGGGCCCGACCGCCGCCGCAGCAGCGUCCGGUGGCGCGGUGAUCGACAGGGUCGGCAGCCCCGCGAUCGCAAAGAGCGUGCUGCAGCCGCUGGACGUCAAGGUCCGGGAGUACCAGACGCUGAUGGACGAUGCGCAGCGGCAGAUGAGCCAGCUGGACGACGAGCUGCGGGCGCUGCAGGAGCGGAGGCUGCAGGCGGAGGAGCGGUUCGUCGAGGCCAAGGCCAAGCACGACGAAUACGAGCGGCGCCACGCGGAUGUCGACAGGGCGCUGCGGGGUGAUUUUCAGCAGCGGUUGCAGCAGCAGCAGUUGCAGCAGGAUGACUCGCUUCAUGACGAGUCGGCGGCACAGCUGCCACAGCACCCGCACCAGCCGCUGGGGCCGAGUUCUUCUUGGAAUAACAUGCCGCGGCCGCCCAGUGUGGACAGCUUUGAUGAGAGACCCAGGACGGGGCACAGUUUUGGGAGGAAUAAACCGAAGGGUCGGAAUCGGUUUCGCCUUAGCUUUUUCCAGGGAUGACCGUUGACUUUUGGAGUUGUGGGUUUCAUGCAAAACGGGUCUGUUGCAACUCCUUUUACGAAUGUGUACGAACUUAAUAAUGGCAUUAUUAGCAUGACAUGCACGGAAUACGAAGGAUAGAUUAGAUGAUGAUUUGGUCGAGGUUGGUCCUGGUGAACACGGAGUCAGGACUCGGGAGAACGUGGCUUUGUCAUGGCUUUUCAUAAGGGGAUUUGAUUAGGUAGUUCAUACACUGUUUACUGGUUAAAUACGACUAGGCGAAGAGUCUUCUCGAUACUCAUCGACUAAUAAUUACUUAGUAAGGUAUGGUCACUGUACGUAAGACAGAUAAUAACUGUGUACGAAAUACAGCCCAAAAUAGACA